AUCACCGGGCAGACUUUGCAGUUGAUCCUAGGGCUUAGAUUAGGUGGGCAUAUGGGAUUGAACACUGCUUGUAUAAAAGGCAGGAAAGAUCUUUAUUAACUAUGGAUGCUGAAGGGAAAGCUUUUGCUUUCAGAAUCCCAGGCAGAAUCUAAACUGCUUUUUCAAAUUCUGAAUCAACUGUCCUGUCUUCAUCCUGCAGAAAAGACCAAAGGAAGGAGAGCCAUGGAUUACUAUAGAAAGUAUGCAGCUGUCAUUCUGGCCACCUUGUCUAUAUUUCUGCAUAUCCUCCACUCCUUCCCAGAUGGGGAGUUUAUCAUGCAGGGUUGUCCAGAAUGCAAGCUGAAAGAGAACAAAUACUUCUCCAGGCUAGGAGCUCCCAUUUACCAGUGCAUGGGAUGCUGUUUUUCAAGAGCAUAUCCUACUCCACCAAGAUCAAAGAAGACCAUGUUGGUUCCAAAGAACAUUACAUCAGAGGCCACAUGCUGUGUGGCCAAAACGUUUACAAAGGCCACGGUGAUGGGCAAUGCAAAAGUGGAGAACCACACAGAAUGCCACUGCAGUACCUGCUAUUAUCACAAAUCUUAGCUAUUUCCCCAAGAACUUUGUGGACGAUUCUUGACCUCACUCAACGAAAAAUCAAGUUGUCCAGCUUUUUUAGUACUGCUAUGUGAAAAGUCUGGUUUUCUUUCUGGACCAGCUUAACAUAUUAUAAUAUUUGUGCCAGUUGGAUUGCCUCUGUCCUUUCCCUCAUAGAUGAAUAACAUUUUAGCUCUUUUCACUUGAAGUGAAAAAUAGAAUUUAACUUCAUAAUCAAAAGUUGGUUCUAUUGAAAAUAAAGUAUGUAUUGAAUCAUCAU